AUGUCUACUCAAGACCUGUAUGAAACCCCGCUCGACACCUCAAACCCCGAGAUAAGGCUACUGGAGAUAGUUGAAGACAGAGAUGUCAUCUCUUGUAAAUUGCACACAGUCACUUUUAGCAAACAACUGCGCUUUGCGGCUCUAUCCUACGUAUGGGGGAGUGCAGCUGACAGGGUCAACAUCAACAUUGACGGCGUUGAAGUUCCCGUUUCAACAAGUCUCGCCCACGCCUUGAAGGAAGUUCGAGGAUAUUGGAGAUACGAAUUUCCCGAUAGAGAUCAAUCUAAAUUCAGAAUCUGGGUCGACGCUGUUUGUAUCAACCAAGCCGAUACCGCGGAACGGACUGAGCAAGUCAAGCUGAUGGGCGACAUCUACUCAUCAGCUGAUCUUGUACUUGGAUGGCUAGGUUCGGAACAAAGUGAUAAGAUAUUGACAGCUGUCACAACUAUUGUGGUCUUGAACAGAGCUUUUAGGGCUGCAAAGUGGGAUGUUGAUAACCUGAUGGAUCUGAAGUGGCUGAGAUCUUGCGGCCUUACAAAAGAACCCGAAUGUGACAAAUUCUGGUUGUCACUUGAUGAUCUCGCCCUACUUCCCUAUUGGCGGCGCGUCUGGAUCUUGCAGGAAAACGUCCUGGCCUCGACAUUGUUCUAUAUUGCUCCCCGAGUCUGCAUCGAGUACAGCUCUCUCAUGAACGUGUGCCGCAUGUUCGAGAUCCUUUCGCUCGAGUUGACUCAGAAACAGGCUACAAAACCAAGCUUUGUCCCAAGCCAUAUUUGGAUGAAGUUCUGUCCACCUAAGGGCACCGGCUUUAUCCAGCUACGAAACAUUUUCCGCUUUGAAAUUGCCAAGACUAUGUACAAGGAAAUCCUUACAGAGAGCCGAGAAGAGCAACAAAGGAAGACGGUUCAGCUUUCGGUCUUUGGUGGCACACUUGAAGCUACGGAUCCGAAAGAUCAUAUCUAUGGCCUCCUAGGCCUCAGCUCAUUACCCCUCAGCCCUGACUACACCAAGAGCGUCAGAGAUGUGUACGUAGACUACUGCAAGGCAGUACUCGACAUAAUAGGGAGGAGCGACAGGAGAGAACUGCAAUUUCUGCGAGACGCUGGCUCUGGUGUUUUCCAGGAUCCUCUUGGGUUGCCAUCAUGGGCACCGCAGUUUCCUUCAAGAGCAACUGAUAACCCGACAUUAAUAUUUGAUGGAGAGUUCAACCUUGCUCGUCUCACCCCUGAGAUUCUGUGGCCAAGUAUUUCGGAUGCCAAGUUACACGUAUCCGGCGCGAGAUUGCAGACGUUGAAGAGGGUCGGAGGAAACCCAGAGAUCCAGAACCUACAGAAGGGAGGUAGUCUUGCUGAUUGGGUACAAGAAUAUAUCACUCGUAUUCCAUUUUAUCCAACCAAGAUACCUUCAAUUUGGGCACUAUUCCUAGUGGUCGCGAGGAUGCAGAAACUGGCACUGGAUACACCGAGCAUGUUGCUGUUGCUUAACUUCACACAGCGACUAGACCUCCAAAUUCCGGAAAGCGGCCGACCACGAGGUGCGACAAAAUACUUCCAGACACCUGAGGUUGACGGACUCUCCGUCAUGAUAGUUCAAGAUGGAGGAAACAACCCCGAAAUGAUGGGGUGCAUCUCGCCGUUUUUAGGCGGGCCUGAUGAACUGAAAGCGAGAAUGUUUGACGUCGAUGUUCAACAGGUUUUUAUGAUGAAGCGAAACUAUCAUACUAAAUUGUUCGAGACGGAUGCUGGAUAUUUGGGAAUGGGGCCACAGGACUGUAGGGUUGGAGAUGUCAUUUGCAUUGUGGAUGGGUAUGAAGACCUUGUUCUACUACGGAAGCAGGGAGAUGAUUAUGAAUAUGUUGGACCUUGCAUGGCUUAUGGAAUCACGGAUAUGUAUAUCAAGAGGAAAGUUGAGGAUGGCGAGGUGGCUGUCGAGACGUUUCAUUUAAUAUAA